CGGGCCCCGCGCUGCCGUUGGGCCGGAGCAGCAGCGAAGGAGGCGGAGCGGGAAGUUUGAACUGCGGCGGCUCUGAGGAGGAGGAGGCGGCGGCGGCGGCGGCCAUAGCCGGGGCGGGAAAGGCGAUGAGGCGGUGCCGAGCAGGCCGCGCUGCCGACGAGCAGCAGGUGAAGGAGGGCCAGGGUGGCAGCAUUCAAGAGAAAAUUGACUUUGAAACGAGAAUGCGAGAAGGAAUUUGUAAGCUGCUUGCUGUUAGCACACAAAAGGACCAAAUAUUGCAUGCAGUUAAGAAUCUGAUGGUUUGCAAUGCUCGCAUCCUUGCCUACAGGACAGAAUUACAGAAACAGACAGGAGAAUCAACCAUGAAGAGAACCGCAGUGCGAUGUUCAGAUUUUGCAGCUAAAGACCGUGAAGCUUGUGGAGGGAGACUUGCCAUAUCAGAUCUCCGAAUUCCAUUAAUGUGGAAAGGCUCUGACCACUUCAGCAGCAGAGACAGAACCCAACGUUACUCAGUAUUUUGCUUACUCAAAGCAGGAACUCAGGUUUUUGAUACAGACUUGCUUAUUGUGGAUAAAGCAAUCACAGAUAUAUGUUUUGAAGGUGCUACCAUAUUUGAGGAAGCUGGCCCAGCCUUCCAGCUGAAGAUUGAAGUCUACAGUUGCUGCUGUACUGAAGAAUCUUCAACUAUAACAAACACUCCUAAGAAGCUAGUAAAGAAGUUGAAAACCUCAAUUGGGAAAGCUGCUGGGAAAAAACUCAGUCCUGUGUUGGAUGACAGCAACCCUGAAUCCUUGUUGCUUACUGAGGCAGCCGUAGUGGGUGCAAAAUACAAUUUGCUGGCACAUACAUCUUUGGGAUUGGAGAGUGUCAACAACAAUUUCAGGACCCACAACCUUACUGCCGUGGGAGAUGAGGAAUCUUCUUUUUGGCUUCCAUUGUAUGGCAGCCUGUGUUGUCGUCUAAUUGCCCAACCAUACUGCAUGACCAAGGAUAUGAUGACUGGAUUUCUUAGUCAACAGCAAAAGAUAGGGAAUGUGACUGGAUGGAGGAAACUAUACUGUGUACUGAGAGGUGGCAAACUCCUUUGUUAUUGUACACCAGAAGAAAUAGAAGCUAAAGUGGAGCCGACUUUGACAGUUUCUGUCAACAAGGAAACCAGAAUUCGUGCUGUGGAUAAAGAUACCCCGAUGAACUCCAAUAACUUUUCUGUUAUCAACCCUGAGGCUGGUGAAACUGUGACUCAGAUUUUUGCAGUUGAAAGCCGUGAAGACCUUUAUAACUGGAUGGAAGCUUUCUGGCAGCACUUCUAUGACUUCAGCCAGUGGAAACACUGUUGUGAAGAAUUCAUGAAAAUUGAGAUUAUGUCACCACGGAAACCACCAUUGUUCUUGACGAAAGAGGCUACUUCAGUUUACCAAGAUAUGAGCAUAGAUUCCCCAGUAAAACAUGAAGCAUUCCCUGAUACAGUGCAACGAAAAGUUGAGGAAGUCAAUGGGGAGCUGCCGAUUGGCCAACAAGAAGGUUUGCCACCUUCAUGGGCAGCCAUGUUUGACGGUUCUCACCACAUGCUUGUGCAGAAAAGCCUGCUUCCAGGAGCGAAAGAAGAGGCCAUAAGCCCUAGUGAAGGGAAGGGCAAGAAGAGAAGAGCACCCCUUCCACCAUCUGAUAAGCCGCCAUACAUCACAGGAGCACGGACAAUGUCAGAUCAAUUGGGCAAGGAAAACAUCUGGAAUAAUUCUCCUCAUAAAAACAGUUCUCCUGAUUCCAUCUCAUCUUCUGUUCCUCACUUCAAACAACCUAUUGCAGCUCCCCGCAAACCAACUCCUUGGCAGAAAGGUAACUUCGCUGACAAUGAAAAUCCUGCCGAUUCAGGUACAAAGGUUGAUAAUAGCGACAAACCCAUUCCUGCUCCUAGGCAGAAGUUGGUCAAAGAGAUGCUUGAGCCUAGAAUCUGUUUUCAUUCGCAGGUGUAGGAUUGGUGCUUGGUUUGCUCAGAAUUACGGGGGCAAAGGGAGUGUUGGCCAUGUUCACUAUCUGUCUUUCGCCAGAGUUCCUGAAGUGUUAACAUAUUUAUUUUCAACACACAGCCAGGUGAUUGAGAUUAUAGCAAAGGAAACACCUCUCCUUCCAUCCUGUCCCCAAAUUGUGCUCUGCUUGACAUCGCCAGUGUGUAAAGAGAUUCCUCAACAAAUAUACAAAUCAGCAGGGUUGUUUUUUUUAACAAUGGAGAACCUUCUGAUAGACUUAAACUGUUCUCCCCCCCCUCCAAAACAUCUGCAUGAUCUUUAAUAAUUCAACCCAUACAUUUCCCCCAGAUUGCAUUUCAAAUAUCCAAUCUCACAUUUACGACAGGUUUUUGAGCAGGCACUUAACUUGAGGAGAAUAAAAUUCUUCCUUGUGUUGUCAGGAUUAACCACAGAUGCUGUUGGCCUCUGCCCAUAGAAGUCUAUGGGACCAGUCUCUAGACCCUCACAGUAAUAGGAAUGUCUCUUCAUGAAUGGUCUUACAAAAGAGUUUGAAGAAAAUAAAGUACCUGUAGGCCUGCUUGUUUACCAUCCCAUCCUCCUGUGAAGCUCUCUUGUUCUUGCCCCCUUCCUCUAGUUUUAACCCCGUCCCUGCCCAAGUGGCACACAGCUAGAGUUUGUAAGGCGUUUCCCAUAGUGCUUCCAAAGUCAGGUGAAUUGUGCAGUGUCAGAUGCAAUUUGAAAUCUCUGUGGGAGCGACCUGUAAUAAAACUCAUUCCCUUGCCCAGUCCCCCAGGGCUUUGUACUGCAUUUCUAGUCCGUCAGGAUUUCCCAGGUUCUGUAGCUGGGCUUACCUGGUAAUUUAAGCAUAUGCAGAGUCUUCUAGUCUUUCAUUUAAAACAACAACAACAACAACCUUUUAUUGCUUUAUUAGCACAGUGAACAAGUAUCUCUUAGACUUACAUUUCUUAGAUAUAUUCUCUUUAUUUUCCUGGUUUUGUUUGUGCAGUAGUAAUCCUGAAUAUGAGGUAGCUGUGUAUGCGUAAGUGCUGGGCUGAGACAGUAGUCAAGUCCACUGUUCUUAGACAUUUGAAGACCCCCAAUGCCUGUUUGGGCUGUUAAUGUUUUCUGUUGUAUUCUGAAAUGACAUCAUCAGAAUUCACUCUUCAUUGACAGGUGGGAGAGAAACUUCUUUCUUUAGUAUUUUAGAUAAUAACAUUUAGAUAACAACCCUACAAUUCUGUGAUCUAUGUCUGAAUUGUAGAAAGCAACACACAUUCAUAUCUGUAGGAAAAGAGAUUCUGCAUUGCAAGCAGAAACUAGGUAGAGGAAAUGAACACACAUUUUCAAAUAAAAUUGAUUUCCCCUCCCCAGAACAAUAAGCUUAAAUUGAAACUGAGGGUGUGUAUAAAUUUGAAAGGUGUUUUAAAAUUUCUAUAUAUAUCUUGGCCUGUUUAAAAUCCUAAUGUUUUCCUCUUCAAGUGUUUGAAUUUGAAUGCAAAAGUGGCAGCUUCUUUUUAGUUAGACUGGAUUGUAUGAAUUAUGUUAGAUUACAAGAUUUUACUGUGUGUUAACGUCUUAAUGAAAUCUGAUCAGGUACGGUUUUAACCUAUGUAUUAGUUCAUUGCAUUGUGAAGUUGUGUAACAUAGAAAGUACAUUAUAUAGUUUGGAGGAGCUAUAAUUUCAGGAUCACCUGUUUUAUUUUUUAGCUACUCUUAGAGGAACAGAAUAAAGAUAAUGUAGCAGAGGGUUAGUAUGACAUUAAUGCUCUCUAAUCCCUUAAUGAGUAUAGCAGAAUCCUUUUAAUUGGCAUAUUUCUGUUAGCAGUAGGGGAGUGCCAAUUAAGCAAUCUUCUCAAUUUUAAGACUCUCAGGAAUAUGCUGAGCUUAUUGAUAUUUGCUUUUUAUUCCAUGCCUUGAACUACAGAUUAGUAAUGUGCAAAGCAUUCCAAAUUCCUACAUCUUUAUUUGAUUAGCAAGCCACACUAGCACAGUGAAGCUCCAUGAAAUAUGUCCAUAGAGGAUGCCUUGAUUUAGCAAAUGCAGUUCUAAAGCAUUUGUGACUGUGACUGAACUUGCAAGACAGCUCUUAGCCACAGAGUUUAUCCUCUGAAGUUAAUUAAAUUGAAUUUUUAUCCA